UGUUAUUCUUCUCUUUUUCCUCUAGGAUGAAUUAUCCAUCAUUCCUUCAAACUUGGGUGGCUUUUGCCUUCAUGAUUUUACGGCAGCAAGCUCACUCCAAAGCGAUUUUGUAUCCAUACUGGCAGAACGACACCAAAACCCCCAAAGUGGAUGACGGAAGUUCCCCAGAGAUCAAACUCUCGUUCCCGAUCAUCUUCUUUGGAAUCUCGUAUAAGACCGUUUUUGUCAACAACAACGGUGUCAUUUCCUUUAAUGCCCUGGUCAGCCAGUUCACACCGGAGUCUUUCCCCCUUAACGACGGGCGGGCAUUCAUUGCCCCCUUUUGGGCCGACGUCCACAACGGGAUCCGAGGAGAAGUCUAUUACCGAGAGAGCUCGGAUCCAGCUCUCCUCAAGAAAGUCUCCAGAGAUAUCCGCAAGUAUUUCAAGAACCUGCCGUCGUUCACAGCUGCGUCGGUUUUCGUGGCCACGUGGGAAGACGUAACCUUCUAUGGAGGCAGCAGCACAACCCCGGUGAACAUCUUUCAGGCUGUCCUGAUCAGCGAUGGGACCUCCUCCUUUGCCAUGUUCAACUACGAGGAAAUCAACUGGACUACAGGGACUGCGAGUGGAGGAGACCCUCUGACUGGUCUUGGUGGUGUGAUGGCUCAGGCAGGCUUCAAUGGUGGAAACAAUACCAACUAUUUUAGCAUUCCUGGUUCCAGAACCACAGAAAUAGUCAACAUCGAAGAAACAACCAACGUCAACCUGCCCGGCCGUUGGGUCUUCAGAAUUGAUGGGAGAGAAAUUGACCCAGCGAAUGGAUGCAGUGCCCGGGGCCAGUUUCUCCGUCAAGGGGAGAUAUUUUGGGAAAACACCAACUGCUCCACCAAAUGCCGUUGCCUGGAUUUCAACAACGAGAUCUUCUGCCAGGAGUUGCCUUGUGGACCGUAUGAGCUCUGUGAGAUGAAGGAGAAGUUCCACCAGUGUGUGCCAGUGGAGAGCAGCACGUGUGUGGUCUUUGGAGACCCCCACUACCAUACUUUCGAUGGGUUCCUCUUUCACUUUCAAGGUUCUUGCUCCUACCUUCUUGCCAGGCAGUGCUGGCCAGGAUCCAACCUGCCCUUCUUUAGCGUGGAAGCCAAGAAUGAUAAUCGAGGCGGUUCUGCUGUCUCCUGGCUGAAGGAUGUGGCUGUUGAGGUUUAUUCACACAAGAUAAUCAUCCCCAAAGGCAGCUUUGGGAAAAUAAUGGUGGAUGACUUGGUCAUGUCUUUACCUGUUUUCUUGGAACUGGGGGCGAUAAAAAUCUAUCAGAGUGGUUUGUCAACAGCAGUAGAAACCGACUUUGGCCUUUUGGUGACCUAUGAUGGAGAGCAUUAUGCUGCUGUUUCCGUUCCGGGUUCGUACAUCAACGGUACAUGCGGGCUCUGUGGGAACUAUAACAAGAAUCCAGAGGAUGAUGUGUUGCGCUCGGAUGGGAAGUUGGCCACCUCUGUGCUGGAUCUGGGAGAUAGUUGGCGCGUCUACCAUCCCGAAUGGAAGUGUUCCUCUGGCUGCUUAGACAACUGCAGCCUUUGCGAUGCCGCAAUGGAAUCUCUCUAUUUUGGCGCUGACCACUGUGGCUUCAUCAAUAAGACCGGCGGCCCCCUGUGGGAAUGCAGCGCCAUCGUCGACCCCACUGCAUUUGUCCACAGCUGCGUUUAUGACUUGUGCGGCAUCCGAGACAAUGGCACAGGAGGACUCUGCCAAGCCAUUCAAGCCUAUGCCUUGGUCUGCCAAGCCCUCGGGAUCCACAUCGGAGACUGGAGAGCACAAGCAGGAUGUGCUACCACCGUGCAAUGUCCAGAGUUCAGCCACUACGCGGUAUGCACCAGUAGUUGUCCAGCCACCUGCUCCGACCUCACGGCCCCCCUGACCUGCGCCACCCCUUGCACUGAGGGCUGCGAGUGUAACGAGGGCUACGUUCUCAGCACGGACAUUUGCGUCCCCGUCCACCAGUGCGGCUGCGACGUGGACGGCAGAUAUUACUCCAUCGGGGAGUCGUUUUGGGCCACCAUGGACUGCACGAUCCAGUGUUGGUGCGAGGACGGAGGUGAGAUCAGCUGCUUCAACUCCACCUGCCAGGAAGGGGAAGUCUGUGCCGUGGAGAAUGGCUACCAAGGCUGCUACCCCAAGCGGGAAACCUUGUGUCUGGUGUCUCAGGAUCAAGUGCUGCAGACGUUUGAUGGCGCCACGUUCGUUUAUCCCCCGGACAACUCCUAUACGCUGGUCAAGACCUGCCCAGAGAGACCCAACUUCUUGGAGAUUGACGUCAGCAAAAAGAAACCUGAGUUGAACGGCGAAGGGCUGCGGGCCUUAAGGAUCCAGGUGGCCAGCCAGGAGGUCAAGAUAGGGGGCAUAGACAACUCUGAAAUCAAGGUCAACGGAUAUAAAACAGAACUGCCCUAUUUCCACCCUUCUGGGCAGCUGGAAAUUUACCGGAGCAAAAACGGAACGGUGGUUGAAUCAGAAGGACUUGUAAAUAUCCAGUACUUAGACUCUGGGAUAAUGGAGAUCCGCCUCUCGACUGUCUAUUUCAACUGCACCGGGGGUCUCUGUGGCUUUUUCAAUGGGAAUAUCAGCGACGAGUUUUGCUUGCCCAAUGGGAAAUGCACAGACAACCUGGUGGUUUUCCUGGACAGCUGGACGACCUUUGAUGAGAUCUGCAACGGGGAAUGCGGCGACCUCCUGAAGGCCUGCAACAACGAUUCGGAGUUGCUGAAAGACUACCGGAGCCGCUCGAAAUGUGGCAUCAUCAAUGACCCAACCAACAGCUCCUUCCUGGAGUGCCACUCGGUGGUGAACGUGUCCGCCUACUACCGAACUUGCCUCUUCCGCUUGUGCCAGAGCGGAGGGAACCAGUCGGAGCUCUGCGACUCCGUGGCUCGCUACGCCAGCGCCUGUAAGAACGCUGAAGUGGAGAUCGGCCAGUGGAGGAGCUUCAACUUUUGCCCUCUCACAUGCCCCGAGAACAGCCACUUCGAGGAGUGCAUGACCUGCACGGAGACCUGCGAAAGCCUGGGCGCGGGGCCCGUGUGCCUGGACAGCUGCGUGGAGGGCUGCCAGUGCGACGAGGGCUUUGCCCUCCGGGACACCCAGUGCAUCCCCCGGAGCGAAUGCGGCUGCGUCUUCGAGGGGCACCAGCUGUCCACCAAUCACUCCUUCUGGAUGGACAUCGACUGCCAGUACUUCUGCUACUGCAACGGCUCCGACAACAGCGUGCACUGCGAGAACAUCCCCUGCAAAGAGGACGAGUACUGCCUGGAAGAGAGCGGCCUGUACUACUGCCAGCUCCGCACCGACGCCUCCUGCAUCGUCUCCGGCUACGGCCAUUACUUGACCUUCGACGGGUUCGCCUUCGACUUUCAGAGCAGCUGCCCCCUGGUCCUCUGCACCACCGUCUCUCGGCAUCGGUCGGAGAGGCUGGAGACGAUCCCGGACUUUACCGUCACCGCCAAGAACGAGGACCGGGAUCCUUCUCUGGCCUUGUGGGUAAAACAGGUGGAGGUGGAUGUCUUCAGUUAUAACAUUGUCAUCCACCGGGCCUACAAGCACACCGUCCUGAUUAACAAUGAGCGCCUUUACCUGCCAUUGAAGCUGGGCCAAGGGAAAGUGAACAUCUUUGCCUUCGGCUUCCACAUUGUCGUGGAGACCGACUUUGGCCUGAAGGUGGUCUAUGACUGGAAGACCUUCCUCUCGGUCACCGUUCCGCGGAGCCUCCAGAACGGCACGUAUGGCCUUUGCGGACGAUACAACGGCAACCCCAACGAUGACCUCCGCACCGCCACGGGAAUUGUGGUCUCCAGCAUUCAAGAGUUUGGCCACAGCUGGGCCAAACGCGAUCCCUUUUGUCAGGUGGGCUGCGGCGACCGGUGUCCGGCCUGCGGGAAGGUGGAAGGCUUCUGGAAGCCCCAGCAGCUGUGCAGCCUGAUCCCCAGCAAGAGCGGCGUCUUCUCCAGGUGCCACAGUAAGGCCAGCCCCAGCUUCUUCUACAAGAACUGCUUGUUUGACACCUGCAUCGACGGGGGAGCCGUGCAGACUGCCUGCAGCUGGCUGCAGAAUUACGCCAGCACCUGCCAAACUCAGGGGAUUGCCGUCACGGGCUGGAGGAACUUCACCUCAUGUGCGGUCAGCUGCCCUCCCAACAGCCACUACGAGAGCUGCGUGAGCGUGUGCCAGCCCCGCUGUGCUGCCAUCCGGCUGAAAAGCGACUGCAACCAUUACUGCGUGGAAGGGUGCCAGUGUGACCCGGGAUACGUCCUCAACGGCAAGAGCUGCAUUCUUCCUCACAACUGCGGCUGCUACUCUGAUGGCAAAUAUUACGAGCCCAAACAGCUCUUCUGGAACAGCGACUGCACACGCCGCUGCCGCUGCUUCCGCCGCAACCUCAUCCAGUGUGACCCCCGGCAGUGCAAGUCAGAUGAGGAAUGUGCCCUCCGGAACGGAGUCCGGGGAUGCUUCAGCACUAAGACGUCCUACUGCAUUGCGGCUGGUGGAGGAGUCUUCCGCACGUUUGAUGGUGCUUUCCUCCACUUCCCUGCUAACUGUGCCUUUGUCCUCUCCACCAUCUGCCAGAAACUCCCAGACGUCUCCUUUCAGCUCAUUAUCAAUUUUGACAAGUGGUCUUCCCCCAACUUGACUAUCAUCUCACCUGUUUACUUCUACAUUAAUGAGGAGCAGAUUCUCAUUAGCGAUCGCAACACUGUCAAGGUGAAUGGUACACAGGUGAAUGUCCCCUUUGUGACUGGCUUGUCAACCAAAAUAUACAGCAUGGAGGGUUUCCUGGUCAUCGACACCAGCCCUGAUAUCCAGAUCCACUACAAUGGCUUCAACGUCAUCAAAAUCAGCAUCAGCGAGAGGCUGCAAAAUAAAGUUUGCGGCCUGUGUGGGAAUUUCAAUGGGGACCGCACAGACGACUACGUCACUCUGCGGGGGAAACCAGUUGUGAGCAGUGUGUUCUUGGCCCAGAGCUGGAAGACCAAUGGCAUGCAGAAGAGGUGAGCUGAGUCCAACUGCAAUGAACUCCAGUAUGCUCACUACGCGGCCAACUGCGACAACGUCCAGAUUCAGGUCUUGCAGAGCGACAACUACUGCCUGAAACUGACUGACAUGAAGGGCUUCUUCCAGCCUUGCUACGGGCUGCUGGACCCGUUGCCUUUUUACGAGUCAUGUUUCCUCGACGGCUGCUACAACCAGAAGAAGUACCAGCUUUGCGGCUCCCUCGCCGCCUACGGGGAGGCCUGCCGGUCCUUUGGAAUCCUCAGCACAGAGUGGAUUGAGAAGGAGAAUUGCUCAGGAGUGGUUGAAGAUCCCUGUGUCGGGGCAGAUUGUCCCAACAGAACUUGUGAAGUUGACAAUGGCGGAGAACUGUGUGGCUGCAUUGAACCUCCACCGUAUGGAAAUAACACGCAUGACAUCCUGGAUGCCGAGGUGACCUGCAAAGCUGCGCAAAUGGAGGUGUCCAUCUCAAAGUGCAAGCUCUUCCAACUGGGCUUUGAACGGGAAGGAGUGCGCAUCAACGACCGCCAGUGUCUCGGCAUUGAAGGCGAAGAUUUCAUCUCCUUCCAGAUCAAUAACACCAAGGGCAACUGCGGAAACAUAGUGCAGUCCAACAGUACCCACAUCAUGUACAAAAAUACAGUCUGGAUCGAAAGUGCCAACAACACAGGGAACAUCAUCACCCGAGACCGGACCAUUAAUGUCGAGUUCUCCUGUGCUUAUGAACUUGACAUCAAAAUUUCUUUGGAUUCCGUCAUUAGGCCUAUGCUCAGCGUGAUUAAUCUGACAGUGCCUACUCAAGAAGGAAGCUUCACGACCAAGAUGGCGUUGUACAAAAAUUCCUCCUACAAGCAUCCUUAUAGGCAAGGGGAAGUCGUGUUGACCACACGGGAUGUCCUUUACGUUGGCGUCUUCGUCCUCGGGGCAGAUGCCACCCAUCUUAUCCUUAUGCUGAACAAAUGCUAUGCAACACCUUCUCGAGACAGUAACGACAAGCUCAGAUACUUCAUCAUUGAAGAAGGGUGCCAGAACCUGAAAGACAACACCAUCGGGAUCGAAGAGAACGCAGUUUCGCUGACCUGCCGCUUCCAUGUGACUGUCUUCAAGUUCAUUGGGGAUUAUGACGAAGUUCACCUCCACUGCGCUGUCUCGCUCUGUGACUCGGAAAAAUACUCAUGCAAAAUAACCUGCCCGCAGAAUAGCAGGAGAGCCAGCGACUAUAAAGAUCCCAAUGAGCAGAUCAUCUCUGUGGGGCCAAUCAGGAGAAAACGUCUAGACUGGUGCGAAGACAAUGGAGGCUGUGAACAGAUAUGUACAAGUCAAGUGGACGGGCCGCUGUGUAGCUGCGUAACAGGAACGUUGCAGGAAGAUGGGAAGAGCUGCCGAGCAACCAGCUCUUCAACUGGACCUCAGGCUGGGCUGCUUCCACUCCUUGUUAUCCAGCUAUUGUUAUGGUGUUUCAUCUACAAAUCAAACCCAACCUCAUAAUUCAUUCCUGACUUCUGUCUCAAGUACUGUAAUUUACUUUCACCCUUCUAAGUCCCUGUAGGAUAAACGCAUGCAACCCUAAACCCGAACUGUUGUCAAUCAUCACCAUCUGCGACCACCACCAUUUUUUAAAACUAUAGCUG